AUGGCAGAUCCCAAGAUCAAGAGGGAGAAAAGCUUAGGGCGGCCGCUCUCAGCCAUACCUUCGAAGCGUGGAGGAAUGAUAGCAAUGCUAUUCGCAGCUCCAUCAUCUGGCCGCCAUAGCGAUGACGAUGCAAGAUUCCCUCCACCGAAGCUCUCGCCGCGAACCAGAUCGUCGAACGUACCUCGCGAUACGCACAAGCAGCCUCCUCCGGCGAAGAUCAAGACAGAGCCCGCCGACCAGAACCAUGCCGUUGCCGCCCUACCCGUACCAGCCACACAUCGUGAGCUUUCGCCACGCAGUGAUAGGGUUAGAGGGGUUCCUGUGGCGGGCGGUAGCGCAGGUGCUCAAAAACUGCCAGUCGCAUCGUGGCUUUCAUCUCGUCCAAUUUCGGCCCUGGCAACAGAACAACAAACAGUGGUUCCCACCAAAACACGCCCAAAUCACCACUUUUUGGCCAGCAACAGCCUGACGCAACUGAACCGCUUUUUGGGUACGCGCAGCGUUCGACCAACGUAUACAAGUCGCAUUGCGCGCACUGCAAGGAUGGAAGGUUUCGACUUUCAAGACGACAACGCAGCGGGGUUUGGUGCGCAGAUGGACAUGAAUGCUCUGAGCGCCUACACGGGAGCGCAUGAUCAAGUCGCCGACAUGGUGACAAUCCCGGGUGUCGACUACCCAUACCAGCAAAAUUAUGUGCAAAUGCUCCAAAACACCAACCUGAGAAACCAGCAACACCUGGAGAGGCAGCAUGGUGCUAUCACCGAGCUUGUUGGAUUCAAUCAUAAUAUGCACUCAGCCAUGCACAAGCUCGAUGCACGCGUCGCUCAGCUCGAGCGCGACGUUGCGUACUUCCAGACACUGGCAGCCUUGAACGCAGCUACCGGAACGCAACCAGCUUCAUCAGCAGAUGGCGACGCUGUGCCCGAUGGUGACAACCCAAGUCCUUCCCCUGCGCAGAUUGCCGCCAAGAUCACCGCCAAAACGUCCACGAAGCGCCCAGUGGCUGAUGCAUUCGCCGCUGAAGGCGUUACCAUGCCUGGACGUACAAAGUACCGCAAGAAACUUGAAGUCAAAAUUCCCAGCAAAGCAACUGGACAAGCUCCCGGCGUUGGUUUGCCCACUCCAAUGCCUUCAGCCCUUCAGACAGCGCCUCCGUCGGCUCUAGGACCCUCGUUCCCAGCCACUCCCCGCACACCAUACACGCCCGGCAGAAUCGGUCCCCCAGACUCAUACAAGAGGACCACCACCUCCAUCAACAAGAGGGAUAUCCACAACCUUAACAAAUCGAUACCUCCUGCAAACGUACAACUGCCUAUGGUACCCCUGACUGAUACCGAGGUCAUUGUGUACUUCUUCAACUCCCUCUCAAGGCCUAUCGUUUCCCUUCGACUAUACGCACGCGGCUGGGGCCCCGCGUCUAUUGUUCAGGCUCUCAACGAUCACCGCGAAGUCGAGCCGCCCUAUCUGCGCAACACCUGUUCUGUCAAGUGCACCACAGCUAUCAAGAACGGCAAGAAGCUAUAUGGCGAUGAGUGGGAAGCGGAGAAUCGUGCCGUACUUGCGGAAGCAGAGGACUGCAGGGCCACUGACCUUAUUCGCGCAGAUGAGUACGACACUGUUGACUACUAUGUACGCGCAUUGGGCGUCAAUCUCAAACAGCACCCCACUGGCGCGGACGCUGGAAUCUUCACUGCUUGUGUGAGAUAUUGUAUCGAGAACCAAGCAUCGUACACUAUGUCGAACGUGUACCAGCUCGCUAUCGACUUGCAGGACGGCAAUAACCCUCAGCACCCGGCUUCCCCGGCCCCUUCCGAUGUAGCUCCUAUACCUCAGACCCCUGGAUGCCCUCAAGGAGAUGAGACUGAGGAUGAGUGGACCGGGGAUGAAGCUGCUUGUUCUCCAUUGGCUGAGCGCAAGUCCCAUAUUGUGCAAUCUGCUGGAAGCACCGGCUUUACAGCUGUCAAUGCGCCCUAUGAGCAGAAUGAUGAAGACGACGAGUAA